AUGGAGUCAAGACUUAUGCCAGACAGAAGAAGUCGUUUUAAAGGAAAGGCUGUCUUCAAGGCCGAUGAACUUCGUCGUCAACGAGAAGAACAGCAGGUUGAAAUUCGUAAACAAAAACGUGAAGAGAGCUUAAACAAGCGCAGAAACUUAAAUUCUGUACUUCAAAAUGACCCAUCUGAAAAUAUGGAAAACGAGCCUGUGCGAGGCUAUAUGGAAGGACAGAUGGAUGAUGAAUUCCCCAAGCUUACUGCAGAUGUUAUGUCUAAUAAUAUAGAGCUACAACUAAAUGCUGUCACAAAAUUCCGUAAGUUUUUGUCUAAAGAAACCAAUCCUCCAAUUGAUCGUGUUAUUCGAUGUGGUGUGGUGGAUCGCUUCGUUCAAUUUUUGGAAAGCGAACACAACUUACUUCAAUUUGAGGCUGCGUGGGCCCUGACAAAUAUUGCAAGUGGCACCACUGAUCAAACACGUGUCGUUGUCAAUUCUGGAGCCGUUCCUCGAUUCAUUCACUUACUUUCCUCUCCCGAGAAGGAUGUUCGUGAACAAGUCGUGUGGGCCCUCGGUAAUAUUGCUGGUGAUUCUUCUGCCUGUCGUGACUAUGUUCUUAGCUGUGGGUGUUUAGAACCUUUAAUUUAUAUCAUUGAAACAAGCACUGCAGAUUUGUCUAUGCUUCGUAACGCUACUUGGACGCUCUCUAACUUGUGUCGUGGUAAAAACCCUCCCCCCAACUGGUCAACUAUCUCAGUUGGAUUACCCACUCUUGCAAAACUUUUGUAUUCUGACGAUGUUGAAGUCGUUGUCGAUGCCUGCUGGGCUAUCUCAUAUCUCUCUGACGGACCCAAUGAAAAAAUUGGUGCCAUCAUCGACGUUGGCUGCGCUCAUCGUCUUGUCGACUUAUUGAAUUCUUCCAGUCCUAAUAUUCAAACACCUGCCCUCCGUUCUGUUGGUAACAUCGUCACUGGUACUGACGCCCAAACCCAAAUCAUAAUCGAGUCUGGUGCUUUGAAUGCUUUCCCUAAUCUUUUGUGUCAUCACAAAGAGAAUAUUCGUAAAGAAACAUGCUGGACUAUCAGUAAUAUCACUGCUGGUAAUAUUCAACAAAUCCAAGCCGUGAUAGAAUCAAAUCUGAUUCAACCAUUGGUACAUUUAUUAAAGAAUGCUGAUUACAAAACUAAAAAAGAAGCUUGCUGGGCUAUUUCUAACGCUACGUCUGGUGGUCUAGGUCAGCCUGAGCAAAUUCGUUACCUUGUUAAGCAAGGUGUUAUUAAACCAUUGUGUGAUAUGCUAGAGGGAUCGGAUAACAAAAUUGUUCAAGUUGCUCUUGAUGCCAUUGAAAAUAUUCUUAAAGUUGGUGAAAUGGACCGCACGAUGGACGUUCAAAAUAUUAACCUUUAUGCCGUCUAUAUUGAAGAGGCCGGCGGUAUGGAUAAAAUUUACGAGUUGCAAACCUCUGGUAACAACGACAUUUAUUUAAAGGCAUACAACAUCAUUGAGAAAUACUUUAGUGAUGAAGAUGGCGUAGAGGACUUAGCUCCUGAGACGAAUGGUAAUACAUUCAGUUUCAGUGGUGGACCGGCUGCCAAUGAAGAAUUUCAUUUUGAUUCCCAGGAUAUGGCCAUGUAA